AUGCCCAACUGCUUUAAAAAGACCUUGUUUGCCUUGGCUUCUGCAUUGAGUUUUGUGUCUUUUCUCUUGAUUGUCAUUGCUAUGGGGACCCAAAAGUGGAUGACUGGCAAAAUCCUUUGUAAAACAGGAGCUGAUUUGGUCAACGCCACAGAUCCAGAGCUAGUCAAGUUCAUUGGAGAUAUUUACUAUGGACUCUUUCGGGGGGAAAAAAUACGACAAUGUGGUUUGGGUGGGCGGCGUUCCAAAUUCACAAUCUUCCCACAUCUGGUGAAAAAACUGAAUGCAGGCCUUCAUGUGAUGAUUUUAAUCUUCCUUUGUGCAGCCAUUUCCUUUGCUCUGGUCAAUUUUGGAUUCUGCAUUCUCAAUGCAAUAAAAGUUCCAUACCGAGCUAUUAAAGGUCCAGCAGGUAUAUGCCUAUGGAAUUUACUUGCAGGAGGCUUUACAGCACUGGCAGUCACUAGCUUUAUAGCUGCUGUUAAACUUCAUCGCCUCACAGAAAGAAUUGCCAAUUUCCAGGAAAAUGUCUUUCAGUUUGUAAUUUUGGAAGAACAGUAUGAAAGCUCCAUUUGGCUUUGUGUGGCUAGUGCUACAUCUCAUGUAGUAAAUUUGUUGCUAAUAGCCGUAAGUGGGGUUCAUUUCCCUGAAUUCAAGACUAAAACAGAAGAAGCGACUGUUACAGCAGAAGAUAUCAUGUACUGAUAACCUUCACCUACAUUAAACUAGUUCUACAAAGUGAACUCUCCUGAAAAGAACAACUCCUUGGUUCAGCAACUUUAGAACUGGAUGGAGAUUGUUGCUGUCAUGGACAGUAAAACUGCCACUUUCAGAAAUAUAAAGUAUUUUUGAGGCCAGUUGUCAGUACCAGCAAUUAAUAUUCACUGCAUGGAAGACAAACUAUAGAAACCUCAUGAUUGAAAAACUAACUAAUAUGGACAACAAUAAAGUUAUUUUCUAGAAUAUUUUUCAUCUUCAAUAUUUUACAUAUCGGAAUUAAAGUAUGUUUUCACCAAAACCAAAAAGUGAACUAUAGAUAAGGAAGAGAAUACAUAAAGUGUAAUACUUUGGCCUUUAAGUUACUAGAAUGCAUUUUUAUUUCAAAGCAGGAAGAACAGACACAGGAUUUAAGGUUUUAUCCAGAGUUGCAAGCUAUUUCCUCAGAAUUCUCUGAGAGGAACAAGUACACCCUGUUUAUUGAUGUGCUACAGAACUGGAAAAGUAAACUCCAUUACCUGGAAGACUGAAAUGUAAGGGAAAUCACCAAGAACUUGUGGAAAGAUUUAGAAACAGAGAAACAAACAUCAAAAGCUAGACUCAAGAGAAGUGGAAAGAAGAAGAAUAUGGAAUAUUAUAAUCAGAAUAUGCUUAGGGAAGAAUAAUAGCAUGUAAGAAAAGCGAAGAGCUCUCUAGCCAACGAUGGGCAAAAUGUUUGUACACAGACUCUAAGUAAUAAUAUUACGAUUGUUAUAAUAACCUGAAGAUUCAUAUUCUGACAGAUUUAUGGUCCUUGAGCCUCUGCCAAUUCUUGUUUUUAUCUGAAAUUAAAGACCAAAAUGUUGUUUGAUGAAACAGUAUUAAAAUGAACAAAUACUAAAAUGG